GAUGUUUGGUUUAGGUGGGGUUAUCAGUAACCCGUCGCUCGCGUCCCGGGCCCCCGGUAUAGGGGCCCCGGCCAUGACGAACUCGUCCGCGUUCAUGAGCAAGAAAAACAUUGUCCCCAGGAGCAGUAAGUAUGAGGAAUUGUUGCCUGGAAAAUGUGAACCGGGGAUCUUUACACGGAAACGAGAUGACGAUCGCAGGUCGCGAGUCAGCGUCGUUUCAAGACCUAUAAGCAUCACGACGCGGGAUUGUAGUCGGGACAGAGUAGCAAACAAUUACGUGCACAUCAUCGUGUCAGGACACAAAUUUACCACUUUUAAGGAUACACUGCGCAGGUUCCCAGAAUCCAGACUAGGGGACGAGGGGGAAAGGGAAAUGUACUAUGACAGGUUGAGGAAAGCUUACGUCUUCCACAAUCGAUGUAGACAGAGUUUCGAGUCCAUUCUCUACUUUUACCAAAGUAACGGUCACCUGGUCCAGCCAGUGAACGUCGGUCAGGAGGUCUUUAUGAAGGAGGUCAUGUUCUUCAAACUACCUAUCCACGAUGAUCUGGACAAUGCUGCUAUUGACUUGGGUUAUGAUACCGUCCAAAACCUCAGCGCUGUUCCCAGGAAGCUACAGAAGCUGAUGGAAGAGGAGAGAAGCCUGUGUAUGAAGGUCCUGGCAGUGUUCGACAACCUUACCACCCUUGUCUACGUCUUUACCCAACUUAUUAUCACUGUCCCCCACUUUCACAGGAGCAAAUCUCACCACAUUAAAGUGUUGCAAAGUGUGGUGUUCUGGGUAGAACUGAGCUGUAUCGUGUGGUUUGUUCUCCUCUACACCCUCAGACUCUUUAUGUCCAAAAACAGGAAGGCUUUCGUCGCUAAGUUCCUGAACAUGAUAGACGUGUUGGUAGUUGUCUCAUACCUGAUAAACCAAGCACGUUCCAACAAAGACCACUGUGUCACCAGGAGGAAAGAUGACGAUUUUAAGCUGUGUAUAUUCAUGUCAGCUGUCGUCACCAUGGUGUCCUUGCUUAGACUCUUCAGCUUCGCUCGGUACUCUGAACUGCUUUAUUGCUUAGGGAUUGCGCUAAAACGUUCGUUCGCCGAUCUGGCCCAGGUUCUGCUAAUGAUUGUCCUGCUGACUUACAUGUUCGCUUGUCUCGCCUACUUCUUGGAGACCGAUGAGACCGAUGGCCCACAAACUUUCAAAAGUGUAUUUGACGCUCUUUAUUGGGGAACGAUCACAAUAUCAACAGUAGGAUACGGGGAUAUAGCCCCAGUAACCACAGCUGGAAAGUUUGUAGGAGCAACUCUAGCUCUCCUGGGACUCCCUCUCAUUGCUAUUCCCAUGCCUCUUAUCAUGUCUAAGUUCGAUAGUUACUACCAGAAUGUUAAGCAGAGGAGGAAGACGAACGAGAUGAGUGCAAAGCUCAUGAAGGAGGCAGAACGUAUGAGUGCGGGCGAUCAGCAGAACGACCAGUUGCCAGACCACGCUGCAGACGAAUGUGAGGAUAGAAAGAAUUUGUCGUGGAUGGUCAAGGCACGUGACGCGUAUGGGAACUGCAGAAUACCUGACGACGACGAGGAUUCGUCGUCCCAACAAGGCUCGAAGACUCCGCGUCGCCGCCGUUCCGGAGCCUCAAACUUAAUCACCAAUAGCGACUCUCCUGGCAGGGGCGACGAAUUGCCAACAUCUGUUUUAGCCCAGUGGCGCUAGGGGCAAAUAACGUGUUCCUCUCAGCACCAGCGGGCAGGACCAGGAGCGGGCAGCAAAGGGCUGCUAGAUCCCACAGCUCACAUUCUUAUUUUAACUCAUUUUAACUUAUUUUCUGCGAGCGUAGGGUCGGACCAUUACAUUAACUUAAUAUAUAAGGACAAGAUAGAGGUUGAAUAUAUUUAUUUUGUUAUUAAAGUUAAACGUUUGUUUACUGGUUAAUAGUAAUACCAAGAUACUAAUGUUGAUUCUUACGUUUAAAGGUUUAAGAGGAUGACAAACCGGGAAAAUGCCCUAAAACAAUUGUACAUAUAAACAGUUUUGAUGAAUUAAGAUGUUCUGAUUUGGAUAAUUUUGACUGAUAUUCUC